GGAAGGGGGUUAGUGAAACAUUCUAAGACCGUUUGCCAUUUGUAUGAGUAGUACUGUCCCAGAUUGGAAAGAAAUGUUAUGAGACAAAAUGGUGGCUUGGUGGCAUAACGUGGUAUUAAUCUAUAGGCGUUGGAAUAACCCGCCAGGCUACGUGGAAAACUAAAUGGAUAAUUUCUCUGAGAUUUGCCUUCCAACCGCUUUAAAACCGGAGCUCUCUGUCAAACGACUGACAAGCAAACGCCGGUAAUUUGUUUGGGUCCGCUGCAUCAAACGUUAAACUGUUGCGACAACGGAUCCCAUGCUGAUAUAUCUAAUAUAGAAACAUAAGAAUUUCACGGUCGACGUACCAAUCAAGCAAGUGUUGCUUAACCAAUGGUGUAGUACGUAACCCCGUGUUUGUGUGAUGAGCAUCGAACCACUCCCUUGACUUCAAAGUAUAGCUAAUUAAACUUUAUCACCCGUUACAAGCACUGCGUGGUCUUCAAGAGCGGUUGCCUUUGGUGGGGUGUCUUUGCAAUGUUCCCUCUGCUGCUUUUCACAGGACUGGCGUUGAUCAUUGUACACGGGGAGUUGUACAGAGGGAGGGAGGGUUACCGCGUGAUCGGUACAGGGGGUUCGAACCCGGAAUGUUGCGGGAGCGAUUGUUCCCUGUCGCGAUCUGCAUGUGCUGUGCUGUGCAGCAGGGAGAACUCGACAUGCAAGAGCUUCAACUACAAAGCAGCCGAUGGUUCUUGUGUUCUGAAUCAAGAGGAGCUGUACGCCUUUGACGCCCUGUUUGAGGAGACUCCUGCGUGGGCCUAUUAUGGACCAAUUGCCAACGAAGUCAGCAGCAGCCAGUGGACACUGGUAUUCAAGGCGGUCAGUGGGUCGGGCAUCAACUUCAUCGAGUCCUGGCAGCAGCCUGGGGUGGCACAUGACCAGGAUCUGACCAAUCAGAACCCUGCUUACUUCUCGAAGUAUGGCGCAUCAUCAAGCUACCCUUUCUAUCGCUCACACUGGUUGGAUGAUUGGUCGACGGCAGGGAUCAAAGAGGUGAAGUUGGGACUGUACGAGAACGGCACAGAGGUGAUGGCCAUGACGUUUGACGGAGUGGGCAGCAGCAGGGACGACUGGUUCUCCCACGCCCGACUACGCACUCAUCCCUACACAGUAGAUCUAGCAGCCUUUUCGCCAACCUUCUUCUCACUCCAAGGGCAACUGUACCGGAAGUUCUACAUCUCAAUGUCGGCAGUGUUCAACAACUGCGACAACUUCGGCUGGCUUAUUGUUGAAAACAAAGAUACCAACCUUUGCAUCUUUGAUAAGGAGAGUCCCAAACCUCAGUUCCUCUAUGCUCGGGGUUCGGAGGGUACUGACUUCAUUAACCAAGUGUAUGGAAAAGCAGAAGUCCUUGCCGUCUUUGUGAAGUUCUCGUGAAGACAGGAUGUGACGUGAAUUCUACACGAAAGAUCAAUGUGAAGGUCACAAGGGUGACUACCUAUACACCAUUCGGCAAUAAAGGAUUUCCCUUGA